AUGUCCUACAAUAGAAGCUCCGAUAGUCCCAAUAGAGGAUACAGGGAGUUUGACCCCGAGACGGGAGACGGCGUGGGCCGAAAGAAGUCCCUCGUGAGACCGGAGCGGUCGAGGCUAAAUCCAAACAACCCCAGGUACCACUACACGCAGGUUGCAAGCCAGGAGUCGGAUCACAUCAAAGUGCAAGUUUCGUCCUCGGCUGAUCCGCGAGGCUCGAAUGAUCUUAGUCGCUCAAGAACAAACUUGAGCGCAUACACCGCGGCGAGAUCAGUACAGAGCCCCUCGCAUAAUUACCAGCCGCAUCAGCAAAGCAACUUGGCGCAUCAAACGCGUGCAGAUGACGACAUUGACAUGGACAUUGAAGGGAUCCCGCUCAUGGAUAUCCACAAUACUUCGCCGGGCACUGAUAACGAGAACCAACAACUCAAGGGAGGUAGAGAAGUGUUUGGCUUGAAUGAUGAGCUAGGCGGCGCCUCGAGAGGUAAUGUGAUCUCCAACGGCUUACCUAGACCACAGGUACAGGGAACGAAAAACAGGAAAAAAAAUAAGAAGCAAGACAAGAAGCACGAUAUUUAUUUCUGGAAAGUCUAUUGUUAUGCGAUAACGUUUUGGGCUCCACCUCCUUUAUUGAAACUAUUUGGACUUCGAACUAAGGAUCGUCAAUUUGCGUGGAGAGAAAAAAUCGGAUUGAUCUCGUGUAUCCUCUACAUUGGUGCAUUUGUCGCUUAUUUGACGUUUGGUUUCACCAAGACGGUUUGCUCGCAGGAAAGAAUUCGAACUAGGAUCAACGAGGUCAAUCAAGGUUAUUUGAUCAUCAAUGGUAGAUCCUUUGACUUGACGUCGUCGCAACACCCGGCAGCUGCUGGCAUUGGUGCUGGCUCCAAUAUUUUGUAUCCGCCAAUCAAUGCUGGUGGCAAAGAUGCUUCAUUCUUGUUUCAAAAUGUCAAUGGAAACUGUAAAGGUUUGAUCUUGCCAAGAGACAACUGUACGAUCCCCUAUAAUGCAGAUAACGAAUUGGCAUGGUAUAUGCCCUGUCGUGUCUUUAACCAAGAUGGUUCAGACCAAGUCAACAAUACCGAAGCCUAUUAUAGCGGUUGGGCUUGUCACACCAGUGAAGUUGCCCGUAGAGCCUAUUAUAAUUUAAAAGUAACCGGCGAUGUUUAUUUUACUUGGGAUGACAUUCGAAACUCCUCAAGAAACUUGGUUGUUUAUUCAGGCAAUGUCUUGGACUUGAAUUUGGUCAAUUGGAUCCUGAGGGAUGAUGUCACCUACCCGGACUUGUUUGACAAGUUGCGCGAUGACCCAACGUAUCAAGGGUUGGAUAUCUCGAUGGUGUUGACUAACCCGGGCGAACGUCAAGCGGCUAGAUGCUUGACCGAGAUUAUCAAGGUGGGAGUCAUUGACUCCGAUACCAUUGGCUGUAUUGCAUCGAGAAUUGUGUUGAUUGUUUCGUUGGUUUUCAUCUUGUCGGUUGUUGUUGUCAAGUUCAUCAUGGCCUGUUGGUUCAGGUGGGUCACUUCUAGAAAACAGGGUGCCACCGAAUACGACAACAAGAGCAUGGCUGCGAGAAACAAGGCCAUUGAGAAUUGGGUUGACAAUGACAAGUCGGCUGGCACUCAAAUCAAAACGGUACCGCCAAAAGCCAGGGCCAAGUACAAAACCGCAAAGACCAACAGACAGAGUGUUUUCCACAGAUCUCAAAAGCUUUCACUUGGACCAAAUGCCGAUUUAUCGCAAUACUACGACAACCCCAGCGCGCUUUCAAAGACUUUUAAAUACACAACCAUGUCGACGCAAGCCGCGUUAUUGGGACGCAAUGGAUACGGAAGAAAAACGCAAACGCAAACGGUGUCGGGCAAGAAUGGUGUUAAGCAAUCAACCAUAUAUAUGAAUGAGCAAGGCUCGUCGACGGAUGUCUUGAACCGACCCGUUACCACUUAUAAUCCAUUUGAGAAUCUUGAAGAUCAAAAUGCUGUUGUCCACGGCUUGUCUCCCGAGAUUAUCCAUCCCGAUAUCGUUCCGCAGCCACCAGUCGAAUAUCAACCUUUUGGAUUCCCAUUAGCGCACACUAUAACUUUGGUGACCUGUUAUUCUGAAGAUGAAGAUGGUAUACGUACUACGUUGGACUCCAUCGCCACCACCGAUUUCCCAAACUCCCACAAGUUGAUCCUUGUUGUAUGCGAUGGUUUGAUCAAAGGUUCCGGGAAUGAUAGAACCACUCCUGAAAUUGUCUUGGAUAUGAUGUCUGAUUUGGCUGUGCCCAGGGAAGACGUUGAGCCACACUCCUAUGUGGCAGUUGCUCAGGGAAGCAAGCGUCAUAACAUGGCCAAAGUCUAUGCCGGUUUCUACAACUACAACGAUGACACUAUCCCACCGGAAAAACAGCAACGAGUUCCCAUGAUUACCAUUGUCAAGUGCGGCACGCCCGAAGAGGCCAACUUGCCCAAACCAGGAAAUAGAGGUAAGCGUGACUCGCAAAUCAUUUUGAUGUCUUUUUUGCAAAAGAUUGUGUUUGAUGAAAGAAUGACAAGUUUGGAAUUUGAAGUGAUGCAGUCGAUAUGGAGAGUUACUGGAUUGAUGGCUGAGUUUUACGAAAUCGUGCUAAUGGUGGAUGCCGACACCAAAGUUUACCCUGACUCGUUGACCCACAUGGUUGCUGAGAUGGUCAAGGAUCCCCUGGUUAUGGGAUUGUGCGGAGAGACCAAGAUUUCAAACAAGGCGCAAACAUGGGUUACCGCUAUUCAAGUGUUUGAAUAUUAUAUAUCCCACCACCAAGCCAAGGCGUUUGAGUCGAUUUUCGGUGGUGUCACCUGUUUGCCUGGUUGUUUCUGUAUGUACAGAAUCAAAGCGCCAAAAGGAUCCGAUGGUUACUGGGUUCCAAUCUUGGCCAACCCGGACAUUGUGGAAAGAUACUCGGAUAAUGUCGUUGACACAUUGCACAAGAAGAAUUUGCUCUUGUUGGGUGAGGACAGAUAUCUUUCCUCGUUGAUGUUGAGAACUUUUCCCAAGAGAAAGCAGAUUUUCAUUCCCAAGGCCGCUUGUAAGACGGUUGUGCCCGAUAAGUUCAAGGUGCUUUUGUCGCAACGUCGUAGAUGGAUCAACUCCACGGUGCACAAUUUGUUGGAGUUGGUGCUUGUGAAUGACUUGUGCGGCACUUUUUGCUUUUCGAUGCAGUUUGUCAUUUUCAUUGAGUUGGUGGGUACGCUAGUUUUGCCGGCCGCUAUUUCGUUCACCAUUUACGUGAUUAUCGUUGCCAUCAUUUCCAAGCCAACGCCCGUGAUGUCGUUGGUUCUUUUGGCAGUCAUCUUUGGUCUACCUGGUUGUCUUAUUGUGAUUACCGUUUCGUCCUUAUCCUACCUCAUCUACUUUGUCAUUUACUUGUUUGCCUUGCCAAUUUGGAAUUUUGUCUUGCCAUCGUACGCAUAUUGGAAGUUUGAUGAUUUCAGUUGGGGUGGAACAAGAACCGUUGCCGGUGAAGGUAAAGGAGACCAUGGAGCUAACGAGGGUAAUUUCGAUUCAUCAAAGAUCAAGAUGAGAAGAUGGAGAGAUUGGGAACGGGAGCGCAGAAUCGAGCAAGACAACGGUCUUGCUGGUCUCGGUGAAAAUGGCACCGGCUUCCCAAGACCUGGUCCUUACAUGAGCCUGGACGGUAGGAAUUUGACGGUUCCCUCAGCGGUGUGGGACCCUUCAAACAAUGAAAAAUUGAUUGACGUUUACGAUAAUGACGGCUCGUAUUCUGGAUCUAGCUGA